AACUUUACUAUUUCCUCCACGUAGAUCUCGGCUAGUUGCUAAGAGCUAUACGACUUCUUGAUGGCCAAGAAUAGAGCUUACAUAGUUAACAAGUUUACCAUUACAUAUAUUGUCUUCUUGCAUCGUCGUUACUAGAAAUUCGGUCACAAACUCCAUUGUUACCAUGUUCUAAUUCUAUUUUGAUAGUGGUGACCUUUGCAGUAGACCACUAGGUUUUUCUUGGAAAUGGACACAAAAGCUAGGAAACAAAAGAAGAGAAGUGUUGACUCUGAUGAUGUGUCUAGGGAAAAGAGGCCAAAGCGAGCAGCAGAAUGUACAAACUUCAUGGAGAAAUCUGCAACUGUUGAAGCCAAGAAAGAGCAGAUCGUGACGGAGGAGAUCGUGGCGAUAAAGUUAACUUGUUCUUUGGAGAGCAAUGGUGAUCAACCUCGUCCAAAUCGGAGGCUAACUGAUUUCGUUUUACUUGAUUCAAAUGGAGUUCCACAGCCUGUGGAGAUGUUGGAACUUGGUGACAUAUUUAUUGAAGGUGUUGCCUUACCGUUAGGUGAUGAGAUAAAGAAUGAAAUGGGUGUGAGGUUUCAAUCUUUUGGUCGAGUAGAGAACUGGACUAUAUCUGGUUAUGAAGAUGGUUCCCCGGUGAUAUGGAUCUCAACCGAGUUAGCGGAUUACGAUUGCCGUGAACCUGCUUCUAGAUACAAGAAAAUAUAUGAUUUUUUCUUUGAGAAAGCUUGUGCUUGUGUGGAGGUAUUUAAGAACUUGUCGAAGAAUCCUAAUACAAGUCUUGAUGAGCUUCUUGCGGCGGUUGUUAGGUCGAUGAGCGGAAGCAAGACCUUUUCUAGCAUUGCAGCCACCCAAGAGUUUGUUAUAUCACAAGGAGAAUUCAUAUAUAACCAACUCGCUGGUUUGGAUGAGACAGCGAAGAGUCAUGAAACAAGCUUUGUUAAGAAUCCUGUUCUUGUUUCUUUAAGAGAUAAGAGUAGUAAAGUUCACAAGGCUUUGUCUAAUGUGGCUAUGAGGAUUGAUGAGGGCAAGGCCGUGACAUCUGAUCAACUAAUGGAUGAUGCUGAGGACGAGCACGUGAAUUAUGCUAAGCUUAUACGAGACGAAAAGUGUCGGAAAUCUAAGGAUUGGUCAAGAAAUAAGAAGAGCUCAAAACCUUCUGCUUCAAAUAAUUUUUAUAUUAAGAUCAACGAGAAUGAGAUUGCCAAUGACUAUCCUCACCCAUCUUACUAUAAGAACACCGAAGAAGAAACUGAUGAGCUUGUACUCUUUGAUCGUGGCUAUGAGGUUGAAACGAGGUAUCUACCUUGGAGAACACUUCAUAAUUGGGCACUGUACAAGUCUGAUUCAAGUUUCAUAUCUCUCGAGAUUCUCCUGAUGCAAAAAUGUGAUGAUAGUGAUGUCACCGUUUUUGGGUCUGGUGUGGUGGCUGAAGAUGAUGGAACCGGGUUUUGUCUCGAUGAUUCAGAGAGCUCUAUCCAGUCACAUGAUCAUGAUGGGAUGAGAAUAUUCCUUAGUCAAAUAAAGGAAUGGACGGUUGAUAUUGGAGCAGAAAUGGUGUUUAUUAUAUUACGAACAGAUAUGGCCUGGUAUCGGCUAGGAAAACCGUCAAAGCAAUAUGCUCCUUGGUUCGAACCUGUUUUGAAAACAGUACGGGUAGGGAUAAGGAUUUUGGCUUUGCACAAUAUUGAAACGAGGAUUGCUAAGCUUUCAUACGUAGAUGUCAUAAAAAGACUCAGUGGGUUAGAUGAGAACGAUAAAGCUUACAUUUCUUCUGAAUUCUUGAAUGUAGAUAGAUAUGUUGUCGUCCAUGGCCAAAUUAUCUUGAAGCUUUUGAGAGAAUAUCUUGGCAUCAGAAGGUGUCCAUUUGUUACUUGCCUUGCAAGUGAAAUGCAAGAUAGGCACCACACAAAAUGUAUUAUCAAGAAGAAGAAGAAAAUUUUGCAUAAUCAAAAGAAUUUGAAUCCAGGGGCAGACAUGCCACGUGUGGUAUCCAAGAGGAAAGCCAUGCAAGCGACAACAACUCGGCUUAUCAACCGAAUUUGGGGCGAGUUUUGCACCAUUUAUCUUCCAGAGGAUUCGUCGGAGGAGAUUGGUGCAGAAGAAGAGGUUGAAGAGGAGGACGAGAAUGAAGAAGAGGACACCAUAGCAGAAGCUGUUGAUGCUGCUCAUAAGAAAAUUAGAUAUAGUUGUCGAGAAAUUAGAUGGGAAGGUGAGAGUUAUGGAGAAUCUAGUGUUGGUGAGCCUCUCUAUGGACAAGCCCUUGUUGGAGGUGGAAAGGUGGCUGUUGGUGGGGCAGUCAUCUUGGAAGUUGAUGAUCAAGAUAAGAUCUAUUUUGUGGAGUACAUGUUCCAGAGUUCAGAUCACUACAAAAUGCUACAUGGGAAACUCUUACAAAGAGGAUCUGAGACUGUUCUAGGGACCGCUGCUAACGAGAGGGAACUGUUCUUGACUAAUGAAUGCCUUACUGUUCAGCUCAAGGACAUAAAAGGAACAGUAAACUUUGAGAUUCGAUCAAGACCGUGGGGGUAUCAGUAUAGGAAAGAGAAUAUGGUUGCAGAUAAGCUUGAACGGGCAAGAGAAGAAGAAAGAAAAGCUAAAGAUUUGCCAACAGAAUACUACUGCAAAAGCUUGUACUCACCUAAGAGAGGUGGAUUCUUUAGUCUUCCAAGAAGUGAUAUGGGUCUAGGUUCUGGAUUCUGCAGUUCAUGUAAGAUAAGAGAGAAGGAAGAGGAAAGACCUGAAGAUAUUUCUGCAGAGAAGGCCUAUGUUUCAGACAUCCACGAGGUUUAUUAUAGCCAGGACACAUAUAUCCUCCCUCCAAAGGCUAUAAAGGGAAAAUGUGAAGUAAUGAAGAAAGAUGAUAUGCCCUUACAUCGUGAAUAUCCACUAUUAAACCAUAUCUUCUUCUGUGAACUUUUCUAUGACUCCUCCAAUGGUCAUCUCAAUAAGUUGCCUUCCAGUAUUAAGCUUAUGUUGUCUAGUAUUAAAGACGAAAAACUUCUAAGAGAAAAGAAGGGGAAAGGAGUAGAGAGUGGAACUGACUAUGCGAUGAUUGAUGAGGUACCAAAAGAGAUGCGUCUAGCUACACUCGAUAUUUUUGCUGGAUGUGGUGGUCUGUCUUAUGGACUAGAAAAGGCUGGUGUAUCGGAUACGAAGUGGGCGAUCGAGUAUGAAGCGCCAGCUGGGCAAGCUUUUAAACAAAACCAUCCCAAAACAACGGUUUUUGUUGACAACUGCAAUGUGAUUCUAAGGGCUAUAAUGGAGAAAUGUGGAGAUGUCGAUGAUUGUAUCUCUACUACGGAGGCAGCUGAACUUGCAGCUAAACUUGAUGAGAACAAGAAGAGUACUCUGCCACUGCCUGGUCAAGUGGAUUUCAUCAAUGGAGGGCCUCCAUGCCAAGGGUUUUCUCGUCUAAACAGGUUCAGUGACCGUUCUUGGAGUAAAGUCCAGUGUGAAAUGAUAUUAGCAUUCUUGUCUUUUGCUGAUUAUUUCCGGCCAAAGUAUUUUCUUCUUGAGAAUGUGAAAACUUUUGUGACAUUCCAUGAAGGACAUACAUUUCAGCUUACAUUGGCUUCUCUUCUUGAAAUGGGUUACCAGGUAAGAUUUGGACUCUUGGAGGCAGGAGCAUAUGGAAUAUCCCAGCCUCGUAAAAGAGCUUUCAUUUGGGCAGCUGCACCAAACGAAGUUCUUCCAGAAUGGCCUGAGCCAAUGCAUGUCUUUAAUAAUCCGGGUUUUAAAAUCUCACUAUCUCGAGGUUUGCAUUAUGCUGCUGUUCGAAGUACUAAAUUUGGUGCACCUUUCCGUUCAAUCACUGUGAGAGACACGAUUGGCGAUCUUCCACCAGUAAAAAGCGGAGAAUCCGAGAUAAACAAAGAGUAUGGAGCUGUUCCGGUCUCGUGGUUCCAAAAGGCGAUGAGAGGAAACAUGAUUGUUCUCACUGAUCAUAUAUGUAAAAAGAUGAACGAACUAAACCUCAUACGAUGUAAAAAAAUUCCAAAGACCCCCGGUGCUGAUUGGCGUGACCUACCGGACGAAAACGUGAAGUUAUCAAAUGGGGUUGUGAAAAAACUUAUUCCUUCUGGUUUAAUAAACAAAGCUAAGGAGCACAACGGUUAUAGAGGACUCUAUGGUAGAUUGGACUGGCAAGGCGACUUUCCCACUUCCAUCACCGAUCCCCAGCCCUCGGGUUUUGUGGGAGUGUGCUUCCAUCCUGACCAGGACAGAAUAAUCAGUAUCCGUGAAUGCGCCCGAUCUCAGGGGUUUCCGGAUAGCUAUGAGUUUUCAGGAAAGAUAAAAGACAAACAUAGGCAGAUUGGGAAUGCAGUCCCUCCACCAUUAGCAUUUGCUCUUGGGCGUAAGCUCAAAGAAGCCCUACACCUCAAGAGUUCUCGUUCACAGUGCCAAUCCUAAAAAGAACAUCCUAAUGAAUGAUAGAUUAUAUU